AUGCGUGAAAUCGUCCAUCUCCAAACCGGUCAAUGCGGUAACCAAAUUGGUGCUGCUUUCUGGCAAACCAUCUCCGCUGAGCAUGGUCUCGACGGCUCCGGUGUUUACAAUGGCACCUCUGACCUCCAACUCGAGAGGAUGAAUGUCUACUUCAACGAGAAUUUACAACAGGCUUCGAGUAACAAGUAUGUCCCACGUGCCGUUCUCAUCGAUCUUGAGCCCGGUACCAUGGACGCUGUCCGCUCCGGUCCUUUCGGCCAGCUUUUCCGUCCAGACAACUUCGUUUUUGGUCAGUCUGGUGCUGGUAACAACUGGGCGAAGGGUCAUUAUACCGAGGGUGCCGAACUCGUCGACCAAGUUCUUGAUGUCGUCCGUCGUGAGGCCGAAGGCUGUGACUGCCUUCAAGGUUUCCAGAUUACCCACUCCCUCGGUGGUGGUACCGGUGCCGGUAUGGGUACCCUUUUGAUCUCCAAGAUCCGUGAAGAGUUCCCAGAUCGUAUGAUGGCCACUUUCUCAGUCGUCCCAUCUCCAAAGGUCUCCGACACCGUCGUUGAGCCCUACAACGCCACUCUCUCCGUCCACCAGUUGGUCGAAAACUCCGACGAGACCUUCUGUAUCGAUAACGAGGCUUUGUAUGAUAUCUGCAUGCGUACCCUCAAGCUCUCCUCCCCAUCCUACGGUGACCUCAACCACUUGGUCUCCGCUGUCAUGUCUGGUGUUACCACCUGCUUGCGUUUCCCAGGUCAAUUGAACUCUGACUUGAGAAAGCUUGCCGUCAACAUGGUUCCUUUCCCACGUCUCCACUUCUUCAUGGUCGGAUUCGCUCCUCUCACCUCCCGUGGUGCACACAGCUUCCGUGCCGUUACCGUUCCAGAGCUCACCCAGCAAAUGUUCGACUCUAAGAACAUGAUGGCUGCUUCUGACUUCCGUAACGGACGAUACCUCACCUGUGCCGCUUUCUUCCGUGGAAAGGUCUCCAUGAAGGAAGUUGAGGAUCAGAUGUUGAAUGUCCAGCAGAAGAACUCUGCUUACUUCGUUGAAUGGAUUCCAAACAACGUCCAGACCGCUCUCUGCUCCAUCCCACCACGUGGUUUGAAGAUGUCCGCCACCUUCGUCGGUAACUCGACCUCCAUCCAGGAGCUCUUCAAGAGAGUUGGUGACCAAUUCACUGCCAUGUUCCGUCGUAAGGCUUUCUUGCAUUGGUAUACUGGUGAGGGUAUGGACGAGAUGGAGUUCACUGAGGCUGAGUCCAACAUGAACGAUCUCGUUUCUGAGUACCAGCAAUACCAGGAGGCUGGUGUCUCUGAUGGUGAGGAGGAGGCUUAUGCCGAUGAGGAGCAACACGAAGAGUAG